GCUGCAGCUUAAUUGUUGUUGGGGCUUGAGAGCGUAGAGAAGAGUGUGAAGCGAUGGCGCGCACCAAGCAGACGGCGCGUAAGUCGACGGGCGGGAAGGCGCCCCGCAAGCAGCUGGCCACCAAGGCUGCCCGCAAGAGCGCGCCGGCCACCGGCGGCGUGAAGAAGCCGCACCGCUACCGGCCCGGCACGGUGGCGCUGCGCGAGAUCCGGCGCUACCAGAAGUCGACGGAGCUGCUGAUCCGCAAGCUGCCCUUCCAGCGCCUGGUGCGCGAGAUCGCGCAGGACUUCAAGACCGACCUGCGCUUCCAGAGCUCGGCCGUCAUGGCGCUGCAGGAGGCCAGCGAGGCCUACCUGGUGGGGCUGUUCGAGGACACCAACCUGUGCGCCAUCCACGCCAAGCGCGUCACCAUCAUGCCCAAGGACAUCCAGCUGGCCCGCCGCAUCCGCGGUGAGCGUGCUUAAGGUUUCUGCUGUAGCCCCUUCACGGUUCUGGCAGACUCUGAGACAAGCCCACACAGACCCAAAGGCUCUUUUAAGAGCCACUACCUGCACAAUAAAAAGAGUUGUAUCACUGUU